AUGAUCACUGGGCUCCGAGGUCUAGCGCGCCUGCUACGGCAUGGGGAGGUGGUGAGCCUGUUGCCUCCUCUCAGGGACAAACGGGGCCCUGCACUGCCAACAGCCCUGCGGAGCGUUCCAAAGAGCUUCUUCAGAAGCCAGGAGCGCCGCCUGCUGCGGGAGCCGCAGUUGCGAGCCACAGGAGCCGGCCCGCAGGUGGCCGCGCGCGCCCGCAGCCAGGAGGCGGCGGCGGCUGUGAGGAAGGAGGACGCGGGGGCGGCGGAGGCGAAGCCCGAGCCUGAGCGCGCACGCCGGGACGAGCCUGAGAACCAGGAGGACGAUGAGGACGACCUCAAGGCAGUGGCCACCUCCUUGGACGGCCGCUUCCUCAAGUUCGACAUCGAACUGGGCCGUGGCUCCUUCAAGACCGUCUACAAAGGGCUGGACACGGAGACCUGGGUGGAGGUGGCCUGGUGUGAGCUGCAGGACCGGAAACUCACCAAGCUGGAGCGGCAGCGCUUCAAAGAAGAGGCCGAGAUGCUGAAGGGGCUGCAGCACCCCAACAUCGUGCGCUUCUAUGACUUCUGGGAGUCCAGCGCCAAGGGCAAGCGGUGCAUCGUGCUGGUGACAGAGCUGAUGACCUCGGGAACGCUGAAGACGUACCUGAAACGCUUCAAGGUGAUGAAGCCCAAGGUGCUGCGCAGCUGGUGCCGGCAGAUCCUGAAGGGCCUGCUGUUCCUGCACACGCGGACGCCGCCCAUCAUCCACCGAGACCUCAAGUGUGACAAUAUCUUCAUCACCGGGCCGACCGGCUCUGUGAAGAUUGGCGACUUGGGCCUGGCUACCCUGAAAAGAGCAUCAUUUGCCAAAAGUGUAAUAGGUACCCCCGAGUUCAUGGCGCCCGAGAUGUACGAGGAGCACUAUGACGAGUCCGUGGACGUCUACGCCUUUGGGAUGUGCAUGCUGGAGAUGGCCACCUCAGAGUACCCCUACUCAGAGUGCCAGAACGCAGCCCAGAUCUACCGGAAGGUCACCUGCGGCAUCAAGCCAGCCAGCUUUGAGAAGGUGCACGAUCCUGAAAUCAAGGAGAUUAUUGGGGAGUGUAUCUGCAAAAACAAGGAGGAAAGGUACGAGAUCAAGGACCUGCUGAGCCAUGCUUUCUUUGCGGAGGACACGGGUGUGAGGGUGGAGCUGGCAGAGGAGGACCACGGCAGGAAGUCCACCAUUGCCCUGCGGCUCUGGGUGGAAGACCCCAAGAAGCUGAAGGGGAAGCCCAAGGACAACGGAGCCAUAGAAUUCACCUUUGACCUCGAGAAGGAGACCCCCGACGAGGUGGCCCAGGAGAUGAUCGAGUCUGGAUUCUUCCAUGAGAGUGACAUGAAGAUUGUGGCCAAGUCUAUCCGCGACCGCGUAGCCUUGAUCCAGUGGCGGCGGGAGAGGAUCUGGCCUGCACUGCAGCCCAAGGAGCUGCAGGACUUGGGCAGCCCUGAGAAGGCCAGGGGCCCGCCGGCACCCCUGCAGGUCCAGGUGACCUACCAUGCACAGCCUGGGCCGCUGGAGCCUGAGGAGCCUGAGGCUGACCAGCACCUCCUCCCGCCCACACUGCCGGCCAGCGCCACCUCUCUGGCCUCGGACAGCACCUUUGACAGUGGCCAGGGCUCCACAGUGUACUCGGACUCUCAGAGCAGCCAGCAGAGUGUGGUGCUCGGCUCCCUUGCAGACGCGGCGCCGACCACGGCCCAGUGUGUGUGCAGUCCCCCCAUGAGUGAGGGGCCCAUCCUGCCACACAGCCUGUCCUCAGUGGGGGCCUUCCAGCAGCCCACUGCCUCGCCCGGCCUGUCAGUGGGCUCUGCCCCAGCCCCCACCCACCCUCCGCUCCUCCAGCAGCAUUUCCCAGAGCCCACCAUGAGCUUCGCCCCCAUGCUGCCACCACCCAGUGCUCCGGUGCCCACGGGCCCAGGUCAGCCAGCACCCCCUGGACAGCAGCCUCCUCCUCUGACCCAGCCGACAACCCUGCAACAGGUCCUGGCUCCACAGACCCUGGGCCCCCUCCAGCCAGUGCCCCCCCACCUGCCUCCAUAUCUGGCUCCAACCCCCCAGGUGGUGGCCCCCACUCAGCUGAAGCCCCUCCAGAUGCCACAGGCGCCUCUGCAGCCGCUCACUCAAGUCCCUGCGCAGAUGCCUCCGGUUCCUGUCGUACCCCCCAUCACGCCCCUGGCAGGAAUUGAUGGCCUCCCGCCAGCCCUCUCUGACCUGCCAGCCGCAAACGUGCCCCCAGGGCCGCCUCCACAGUAUUUCUCUCCGGCCGUGAUCCUGCCCAGCCUCACUGCCCCUCUGCCAGCCACCUCGGGCCUGCCUCUGCCGGCAGUCAAGCUGCCCCACCCCACUGGGGCGCCUCUGGCCGUGCCCUGCCGUACCCUUGUGCCAAACGCACCGGCUGCCAUCCCGCUGCUGGCUGUGGCCCCACCGGGUGUGGCCGCCCUGUCCCUCCACCCUGCAGUGGCCCCACUCCCGGCCCAGCCUGUGUACCCAGCGGCCUUCCCGCAGGUGGCGCCUGGCGACAUCCCGUCCUCCCCCCACCAUGCAGUGCAGACCCUGCGAGCCACCGCUCCACAGCUGGCACCACCUGCACUUCCCCAGCCCCUGCAGCCCAGCUUCCACCUUCCUGAGCAGGUUGCUCCAGCCGCCACCCCAGGGAGCCAGGUCCUGCUUGGCCACCCACCUCACUAUGCUGUUGAUGUCACCGCCCAGCUCCCCGCCGUGCCCACACCACCCGCUGCUGUCCUCUCCCCACCUCUGCCAGACAUACUGCCGCCUGCUGUCCCCGAGCUCCCACCUCAGUUCCCCAGCUCUCUGGCCCCCGUGGUGGCAGCACCUGCUCAGAGUGUGCCCACCCAGGCCACCACUCUCCUGCCGCCAGCAAACCUGCCGAUACCCAGUGGGCCCAUGAUUGCUGGCCCCUGCCCAGCCGUCCAGCUGAUGGUGGAGCCGGCCCCAGAGGAGCAGGCCUUGCAGGACAAGCCGCCCGGCCUCCCGCAGAGCUCUGAGAGUUACGGAGGUUCUGAUGUCCCUUCUGGAAAAGAGCUGAGUGACAGCUGUGAAGGUGGCUUUGGCGGGGGCAGGCUGGAGGGCAGGGCCACCCGGAAGCACCACCGCAGGUCCACGCGUGCCCGCUCCCGGCAGGAGAGGGCCAGCCGGCCCCGACUGACCAUCCUAAACGUGUGCAACACAGGUGACAAGAUGGUGGAGUGCCAGCUGGAGACACACAACCACAAGAUGGUGACCUUCAAGUUCGACUUGGAUGGGGACGCGCCGGAUGAGAUUGCCACGUACAUGGUGGAGCAUGACUUCAUCCUGCAGGCUGAGCGGGAGACGUUCAUUGAACAGAUGAAGGAUGUCAUGGACAAAGCAGAGGACAUGCUCAGUGAGGACACGGACGUGGACCGUGGCUCUGACCCAGGGGCCAGCCCACCACACCUUGGCACUUGUGGCCUGGGCACCAGGGAGGAAAGUGGACAAUCCCAAGCCAAUGCCCUUGUGUAUCAGCAGAACGUCCUGCACACUGGGAAGAGGUGGUUUAUCAUCUGUCCAGUGGCUGAGCACCCGGCAACUGAGGCCCCUGAGUCUUCACCCCCACUUCCUCCAGCCUCCCUGCAGCAAGAAACCAACCAAGAUCCAGCAGCUUAUCCAGACCAGCGGCUCUUGAAGGAGCUCCCCACCUUCCUAGCUGGCCAGCGGCUCCCGAGCCAGGCAGGCCCCAGCAACCCUCCCAGUGGCGCACCAGCCCCGUCGUCGGCACCAUCCUCCCCUCUCGUGACUGCUCCGCCCCCCGAUGUGGCAGCACCAGCCACCAUCACUGUGCCAGAGCCAGUGUCAGGGACUGCCAUCCAGGCAGGGGGCCCAGGGACUUCUCAGGGGAGCCAGGGACUCCCAGCUAGUGAGCAUCACACCCCCCAGCCACUAGCAGAGACUCACGAUGCCGAGCUGGCUGCGCAGCCCCUCAGUGUAGGCCGAGGACCUUGUGCCCCUCCUCCGGAAGCCUCCCACUACCCCUCUUGUUUGGGGGAGCCCACCUCAGCCAGGGAGGCCAGUGCCCCAGGGGAACCCCUGUUGGCUCUGGCACCUGAGCCCAGCCCCCCCAGUGGGGCCCCACAGCCUUCCUUGGCCCAGCUCCCACCCCAACACCCCACCGCUAUGGGGGCCAUCAGCCUGGCCGCCCCCCAGCUCCCGAGCCCACCCCUGGGGCCAUCUGCACCCCCACAGCUGCCCUCGGCCCUGGAGUCAGAUGGGGAAGGGCCACCCCCCAGGGUGGGCUUUGUGGACAGCACCAUCAAGAGCCUGGAUGAGAAGCUGAGGACAUUGCUCUACCAGGAGCAUGUGCCCACCUCCUCAGCCUCAGCCGGGACCCCUGUGGAGGUGAGCGACAGAGACUUUGCUCUGGAGCCCCUGAGAGGGGACCAACCCCGUACCGAGGCCUCCGGGGGGGAUCUGGCCCUACCCCCAGCACUGAGCGAUGCCCAGCUGCCCCAGCCCUCGUUGGAAAAAUCAGAAACGACCCUUGCUCAAGGGGGUACAACGGAGCAGGAGCAGGGAGCGUCUUCACCAGUGACAGCAACCCUGCAGAAGUCGAUUAGAAAUAUGCCGUGCCCCACUCCCUAUAUGGAGAACACCAAGGCAGGUGCACUGGGUGUUCCCCGGUCACCAGCAGAGCAGGGCGGGAGAUCAGGCCUGUUGAUCUGCUCCUUUGGCGAGCCUGUGUCCAGUGACUCCGGGGACGAGUGCCUGCGGAGGAGGCCCCCGGUGCAGAAGGAGGCAUCCCUGUCUGGCGGCAGCAGUGCGGCCACCGACUUUGUCAAGAAGGCCACUGCCUUCCUGCACAGGUCCUCACGGGCCAGUUCACUGGGUCCAGAGACACCCGGCAGGGCCACUGUGAAGGUCCCCACCAUCAGCGUGACCUCCUUCCACUCACAGUCAUCCUACAUCAGCAGCGACAAUGACUCAGAGUUCGAGGACGCUGACAUAAAGAAAGAGCUACAGAGUCUGCGGGAGAAGCACCUGAAGGAGAUCUCAGAGCUGCAGAGCCAGCAGAAGCGGGAGAUUGAGGCUCUGUACCGUCGCCUGGGCAAGCCGCUGCCCCCGAGUGUGGGCUUCUUCCACACAGCGCCCCCCACCGGCCGCCGGAGGAAAACCAGCAAGAGCAAGCUGAAGGCGGGAAAGUUGCUGAACCCCCUGGUGCAGCAGCUCAAGGUCGUGGCCUCCAGUACAGGUCACUUGUCUGACUCCAGCAGAGGCCCUCCUGCUAAGGACCCUGCCCAAGCCGGUGCGGGGCCUGCAGCAGCCAGCACGCGCCCAUGCGGGGAGGCAGUGCAGACCCAGCAGCCCUGCUCCGUCCGAGCCUCCCUGUCUUCGGACAUCUGCUCCGGCUUAGCCAGUGAUGGAGGCGGAGUGCGUGGCCAAGGCUGGACGGUUUCCCACCCAACGUCUGAGAGAGGGACCCAUAAGUCUAGUAGCAAACCUCGUGCUCGAUUCCUCAGUGGACCCGUAUCUGUGUCCAUCUGGUCUGCCCUGAAGCGUCUCUGCCUAGGCAAAGAACACAGCAGUAGGUCCUCCACCAGCAGCCUGGCCCCAGGCCCGGAGCCGGGCCCGCAGCCCGCCCUGCACGCCCAGGCGCAGGGGAACAACAGCAACAAUAAGAAAGGCACCUUCACGGACGACCUGCACAAGCUGGUGGACGAGUGGACGAGCAAGACGGCCGGGGCCGCGCAGCUGAAGCCCACGCUCAACCAGCUGAAGCAGACGCAGAAGCUGCACGACAUGGAGGCCCAGGCGGGCUGGGCGUUGGCCCCUGGCGAGAUGACUGCACCCAGAGUAGGAGUGGGGAUGCCACGUCUGGCCCCGGUGCCGGGCCCUCUGUCUACCGCAGCUAUUCCGGGAGCCGCCCCAGCCUUGCGUGUGCCCACACCAGAUCCUGAGAGUGAGAAGCCGGACUGACCCACGCAGAUGCCAGGCCCCGCGUCGUGUUGUCAAGCAGAGAAGUGAUGGGACCUUCAGGGCCAGCCGGCUCCUCGAGUCCAGUUCACGCUGUUUUGUAAUCACUUUCUAAGAAUUUUUUAUCCACAAUUGGAAACACAAAUGUACUGCAAGAAUAAAAAAAUAUUUUGGGGGAGAAAGGA